ACUGCGCACUUACCGAACCGUAAAUGCAUCACCUUGGAUCCCGACACCUCACUCGAUCUAUGAUUGCCGAUAAGCUCGCUCAUCUACUCGUGGAGCGGUACGGAAGAAUCAUCGAGGAAGAAACAUGGGGAGAACGUUGCCGGCUCCAGUUUCCUGCAAAGUCUGCGGCGAUCGUUCCUACGGCAAACAUUACGGAGUUUACUGCUGCGACGGAUGUUCCUGUUUUUUUAAAAGAUCAGUGCGUCGCGGAGUGCUCUACACCUGCAUAGCCGGAACCGGAAGCUGUGCGGUGGACAAAGCGAGGCGAAACUGGUGUCCGCAUUGCCGUUUGAAGAAGUGCUUCACUGUCCGCAUGAAUAUAUCAGCGGUUCAAGAAGAGCGAGGUCCACGACGUAGAUUGAGGAUGCCUUCGUCCCGGACUCUGGCAUCCGCACCAUCCUCGAAUUCAUCUGGGAGCGCCUUUUCCGAAGUGAGCAGUUUGGAACCAUCGGUUUUGAUUACCCCUAAACUAGUCUAUGAAACGGCAACGAAUUCGACGGUGAAUCGGUUGCUUCUGCCGCCCAUGAACUACCCUGCGCAAUUUGGAAGGACGAUAAUUCCAGGCGAAAUGAUCCAGUACGAAGUAUCGGCACAGAUUCUUCUCGCCGCUGUUAGAUGCGCCAGGCAGCACCGCGACUUUUCAUCCUUAGCAAGGGCCGAGCAAAAUUCGGUUCUCCAGAGAGCAUGGCCCCUGCUUUUUGCCCUGAGGGCCGCCAUUUGGCCCUUGGACAUCGCUGCUCUUCAGGGCCACGCUUCGAUCCUGGGUCGAACUGCGGUUACGUCUUUGUCGAAGGCCAGAGUUGCAAUAAUCGAGGCAAGGGUGGACCACGUCGAGAUUUCAGUCUUGGAGACCUUCGCGCUGUGUCGACCUGAACUAACGGAGACCAACGACGGUCGGAUGCUCAUGACAAAAGCACGAGACGCGGCGGUCGAUGGACUUGUGAGACAUCUGGGACCGCAGAGUCAUUCCGGUACGAGGAUUGCUAGGAUAAUGCUCCUCCUGCCAAGCCUCAGUGCGUGCUGCGCCUGCGAUCUUGCGAAUAGCCUCUUCGCUCCGAUAAUCGGCGACGCGGCUCUGAAUCAAGUGAUUGCUUCUAUCCAGUAAGCUGCUCGAUGGAAAAACUUGGUCCGAGAGGAUCGGUAAAGUCGGUGAAAUACUGAUGUGGGUGAAAUUGCAGAAUGCUGACAAAGUGCGGUCGUGAGAAAAGUGUCAUUUUGGUAUAUCAGUUUUAGAUAGAAAUGCAUCAUGUGGAUUGAUUUUGCUGUGUACGACAGUAAUGUCGAUAAUUGUAACACACCAAUGACAGUGAUAGCAGA